AUGAGCACAUUCUCAAACGGCGCCUUUGCCCACUAUCCAACCGGGAUCACAGAGCUGACACCCGUCAUCUCCGAGUACGCUCCUCCCCUGCUCCCAAGUUUCUCCUUCGGUUGUGAACAGCUGAGCGAGAGGGUGCGGAAGCGGCUCUACUAUGGCUGGGAUAAAGAUUGCAGCCUGGAUAAUCUCUCCAGCCCUGUGACAGACAUUGCAGUGGAGUUGCUCCAGAAAGUGGCUCCCAGCCCCAACCGCAGGCUUCAGAAGAAAUAUGUGUCUCAUGUUUCUCGGGAAGCCUGCAUCUCGCCUUGCUCCAUGAUGCUGGCACUGGUUUAUAUUGAGAGACUCCGGCAUCGAAACCCCGAAUACCUCCAGCAGAUUUCAUCUUCAGACCUCUUCCUGAUCUCUAUGAUGGUUGCCAGUAAGUACCUGUAUGAUGAGGGUGAGGAAGAGGAGGUGUUCAACGAUGAAUGGGGAGCAGCAGGGAAGGUAGAUGUCCAGACAAUGAACACGCUGGAGAUGAACUUCCUGAGUGCCAUUGACUGGAGUCUCUAUACAGACCCCCGGGAGCUGUUUGAAGUGCUGAGCUGGCUGGAAGGACGUGUGGCGGAGAAGCAGGGCACAUGGCGUGGCUGGUUCACCUACACGGAUCUGUGUGUCCUCCUGGAGCAGUCCAUGUGGCAGCAAGCGCUGGGCCAGUUCUACCAGCAGGUGGUGAAGCUGGCCUGCCUCCUGGGUGUGGUGUACCUGACCGGCUUUGCGGCCGUCUUCGCCUCCGUCACUGUGGUGCACCGGGCCGUGUGCGCGAGGAGCCUCAGCCCUGCAGCCCUCCAGCCUACCCUCUUCCCUGAGGAGGGCAGCUGCCAGCUGGAUGCCCCGCUGCCCCCAGCCCCUGGUCAGACCCAGCCUGAGCUGCCUGCUGUCUCCCCGGCCAGCAGCACCCGGUGCAUGGGGAAGAACGAGACGGCCGAUGAACAGCAUCGUGGGGGUGUCACAGCCACCGCGCUCUACCUGUGGGGCAGCGUGAUGACGGCUCUGUCCUAUGCCGAGGUGCCCAGUCCUACCCCACACAGGAGUCCCCUGCAAGGUCCCCUCCAGAGAGUACCCAGCACCUGUGAGAGAUCCAACCGUACAGCCCCUGUCGUGACCCCUAGCCAGCCUGGCCCCUUUGGACUCGCCGUGCUCCCAGCUCCUCCAGUGUUCCACUGCCGUGCCUGCUCUGCCAGUGCAGGCCCUACCUGGGAUGCAGUCUCCAGCCACAAGGACAGGCAAGACUCCCUGGGGCUGAGGCAGUGCUCCCUGCACAUGGCCCUGGAUCUCAGCAGAAUCAAGAGCUUCAUUUUUCCCAGCUAGGAGCACGGGGCAGCCCCUUCCCCUCCCCUUCCAGUGUGGCACAACUCACUUCCUUGCACUUCUGGGAGCCUUGAUCCCUGGGGCUGCACAGGGCCGGGGGCCCCUGUGUUACUUCCAAACCAGCAUUUGUGUGUUGUCAUUGUCCCUACCCCUGCUCCAGGGCAAGGGUUUCCUUCACUUUGGGUGCUGCAGAGCAUCGGGGCUGCUGGGUCCAGAUGUCUGGGUGCUGCGACAAGGGCCUACUAGCUGGAGGGUAGGAACAGGGUGCCCUUGGGCUAGGAUGCUAGGGUAAGGGGGGGGUACUGCUUUGCACGGGGGGUGCGUGGCCCUCAGUGGAGCCGGGCACAGGUGGUGUGUGGGAUGUAGGAUGCUGGGACUGUGUGUGUAGAGUGGAGGGACUGGGCUGGUGACCCUGGCCAGGGGGAGACAGGGUGGUCUGGGGAUGGGGUGCCUAGGUGAGGGGAGAGGAGGAAGGAAGGUGGAAGCAGCCCUUGCUGGCCUGUCCCAGCAGCAGUUCCCCUUUGGGGGCUGCCAGGCUGCUUCUCAGGAGAUGCAGGACUCACACUAAGAGGGGACCCUGAUGUGGCUGUGCCCCAAGGAAAGGAUGUGUCCUGUGAGGCUUAGGGGUGGUGAGGUGUGGUUGGGGCUGUGCUUCCUUGUACUGCCUCUGUUGGGCUCUUUGAAAGCGGGGUACUCUGUGACCCCAUCCCAAAUCCCAACGGCCUGGGGCAGUGGGCAAUGGCGCCUGACUGCUCCUUGGGGCAGGGAGAAGGCAGCUUGUCCUGCUGCCCAGUCCAGCUCAUUGCACCCCUACUUUUUACUCUGGAUUUUACACCUGUUUUUCACUCUUUUGUAGAUGCAAAUCUCUUCCAAUAAAAGUAGUUCUUGCUGUGCA